ACCUUGCCUGUGCUCCCCUUCUGCCAUUUUCCUGCUUUUUAGAUACAUUUGAGAUCCAUGUUUUCUUCGGUUUGCUUUUUCCAUCYGCCUCGGACUCUGGCGGAGCCAGCGCAGUGGAUCAUUUUUUUCCUUGAUUCUUAGCAAAGAUGCUUUUCUGUUUCUGAGACGCUCCUUAGCUGCUGCAGCCGCCYCUGAGCCUGCUCGGGACCCGCAGCUGGCUCCGCUCCCGGUGCCCCUUUGAAAUCCUGCUGAAAAGCCUGUUCUCCUCACUCUGGAUACUUACCACUUGCUGCUCAUGGAGGAAGGGGUGCCUUGCAAAACCCCUGCUGCCAAGCUUGCACCACCUGUCAAAAAGUCCCAGGACAUGCAUGACGAGAGGAGCAAGCUGGUGAACGAGUAUGCAUGCCGGGUGCUGGAACUUCUGGGCAUGGGCCAUCGCCUGUUCGUGCCUCGGCUGCUCGCGACCUCAAAAGAAGACCUUUUGCAAGCUGAUUUUGAAGGAGCUUUGAAAUUCUUCAGGGUGCAGUUGCCCAAGAGGUACAGAGCUGAGGAGAACGCUCGACGACUGAUGGAGCAAGCUUGCAACAUUAAGGUGCCAACCAAAAAGCUGAAGAAAUAUGAGCGAGAGUACCAAACAAUGCGCGAGAGCCAGCUGCAGCAGGAGGAUCCCAUGGACAGAUACAAGAGGGAGAACCGCAGGCUCCAGGAAGCGAGUAUGAGGCUGGAGCAGGAGAACGAUGACCUUGCACAUGAACUUGUAACAAGCAAAAUCGCCUUACGAAAUGACUUGGACCAGGCUGAAGACAAAGCAGAUGUUCUGAACAAGGAACUUCUCCUGACCAAACAGAGACUAGUAGAGACUGAGGAAGAGAAACGGAAGCAGGAAGAAGAAACUGCUCAGUUGAAGGAGGUGUUCAGAAAGCAGCUAGAGAAAGCGGAAUCUGAGAUUAAGAAGACCACAGCCAUUAUUGCCGAGUAUAAACAGAUUUGUUCUCAGCUGAGUACCAGGCUGGAAAAACAGCAGGCAGCCAGUAAAGAUGAGCUGGAAGUUGUGAAGGGUAAGGUGAUGGCCUGCAAACACUGCAGUGAGAUUUUCAGUAAGGAGGGAGCACUGAAGGUGUCUGCAGCAAACAAGGAUAAUAAAGGAAUCGAAACAGAUGAUGAGAAGGAUGCACUCACCAAACAGCUGAGAGAGAUGGAGCUGGAACUUGCACAGACCAAACUGCAGCUUGUGGAAGCCAAGUGCAAAAUUCAGGAGCUGGAGCACCAGAGAGGAGCCCUUAUGAAUGAAAUCCAAGCUGCCAAAAACUCUUGGUUUAGCAAAACCCUGAACUCUAUCAAAACCGCCACAGGCACACAGCCACCGCAGCAGCCUCAGCCACCUCUGCCGCCCAAAGAGAGCAGUACAUAGUUCCAGCCAGAGCCCCGGUACCAGAGCACAAAGAACAACAUAACUCAUGCAAACCCUGGAGGGUUCUUCCAGUGGGCUCUCCUCUUGGGGAAAGGACAAAAGGCAGGAGCGCAGGCUUGAAGUGAAAUUCUUCGGUGUUUUUCAUUCAUUCUGAUGUGACCCUUUACAAGGGAGGAAAAAAAAAAAAAGAAAAUCCUGUUUUAUGUUGAAUUCCUGUUUCCCAACUGCCUUGUUGAAAGCCACGUUCUGAUACCUUCAUACUUUUACAAUUUAUUUUAUAUGACUAGAUGUUAAAAAUUAAUAAAUAAUUCAAAACUAGGUCUUUAAUACAUGACUAAUUAUUCAAAAUUAUUUUUACCUUGCCUAAAAGGUUUUUUCUUCUAGGAGAGGAAGAAACAGAACAGAGAAUGUAAAGUACUGAAGCAUAAUCUCUUCACAGAAAGCACAGUGUAAUAAGUACUAGUGUGUGUGCGGGUGUCAAGAAUAACUCAUGCCCUAGGACCAUCUCAGAACUGUAUUGCUGUGACUGUGUCCUGCAGAGAAGCACUUUUUGUAAAGCUUAGGCCAUAGCAAAGGUAGUCUUGUGCUCUCUUGGCACAAUUGUUUGAGCUUCCCUAAUAAUUUCAAAGUUUUGAUUUUUUUUCUUCAGAAAUACAAGUAGUGCAAUUCUUCGUAGCACUGCUGUUUCAAUGUUAUUUACAGCURAACUGGA